AUGGAGGCGGCGCCGGAUCUGAGCGCCGUGUCGGCGCUGGCGCUGCAGGUGGACCUCCUGCAGCUGCCGCCGGAGAUCCCCGCGCCGGGGGCGCCCGCGCUGCGCGGUGUCCUCGACCACCUCUUCGCGCACUGGCUCUCCCUCCCCGACACCGUCGCCCUGGUCAGCUGCCUGGCCCAGAAGGCCAAGGCCAACGGCAUGGGCGGCUUCACCGGGGGCGCCAUGUUGCCGUCCAUGAUGAUGCAGGGGGGCGCCAACGUGCCGCCGCUCUCGCCGAGGUCGCCCCGCCUCUCCAGGAAGCCCAGCGGGGUCGGGGGACACCCCAACCGUUGCGCGUCCCCGCUCCGGCCGGCCACCGCGCGCGCCGUCAAGGAGGUCAUUCCACAGUUCUAUUUCCGAGAUGGACGCCCGCUGCCAUACGAGCAGAAGAGGCAGUGCAUAUCUAUAGUCGAGCAGCUCUUCGCCGGGCACUCCAAUGGUCUUCGGAUUCAAGAAUUUCGGAUGGUUACCAGGGAGCUCUGCAAACUACCGUCGUUCUUUACCACUGUUCUUUUUGGAAAGAUUGAUAAGGAUAACACUGAAUUUGUCACAAGGGAUGCCUUUAUGGAUUUCUGGGUGAAUAGCAAUAUGAUGACUAUGGACAGUGCAACCCAAGUAUUUACGAUUUUGAAGCAACCAGAUCAUGAUUAUCUCACAAAGGAAGAUUUCAAACCAGUUCUUCGAGACCUUUUGGACAACCAUCCUGGCCUGGAAUUCUUAAAGAGCACGCCGGAAUUUCAGGAAAGAUAUGCUGAGACUGUCGUAUAUAGGAUAUUUUAUUGCUUGAAUCGAAUUGGAAAUGGCCUUCUCAGUCUGAGGGAGCUGAAACGUGGAAAUCUGCUUGAUUCGCUGCAGCAUGCUGAUGAUGAAGAGGAUAUCAAUAAAGUUUUAAGGUAUUUCUCGUACGAGCAUUUCUAUGUGAUAUACUGCAAGUUCUGGGAACUCGAUACGGACCACGAUUUCUUUAUUGACAAAGAAAAUCUUAUUAAGUAUGGAAACCAUGCAUUGACAUAUAGGAUUGUAGAUAGAAUUUUCUCGGAGGUUCCCAGGAAAUUUACCAGCAAGAUUCCAGGGAAAAUGUGUUACGAAGAUUUUGUUCAUUUUAUUUUGUCUGAAGAGGAUAAAUCAUCAGAACCAAGCCAAGAUUAUUGGUUUAAAUGUAUAGAUUUGGAUGGCAAUGGCAUACUCACACACAUUGAACUACAAUACUUUUUUGAGGAGCAACUUCAUCGCAUGGAAUGCAUGGCCCAGGAACCUGUACUGUUUGAGGACAUAUUGUGUCAACUAGUUGAUAUGAUAGGACCAGAGGAUGAUACCUUUUUUACCAUAAAAGACUUCCGGAGGUGCAAAUUGUCCGGGCAUUUCUUCAAUGUUCUCUUCAACCUCAACAAGUUCAUGGCUUUUGAAUCUAGAGACCCAUUCCUCAUUCGCCAAGUGAGUCCAGUUUUCACAAGUAUUCUACAUCCAACGAGCGCUGAUAUUUUUGGUCUUCCAUGGUGCUAA